UGGAAGUGGGUGUCGUGACCUCAUUCACGAAUUUGCAAAUGGCGACUAUUUUCUCGCCGAUGACCCACCUCCCGAAAUAACAUAUUCGUAUUUUUAUGUGAUUUGUGAUUAUAGCAUCGAUAGAUUAUCAGGAUAAGGUCCAUAUAACAAGGCAUCAUGCCUGCUGUGAAGGGGGAUAACAUGCGGGGACUGUUGGUCUUCAUCUCCGACAUCCGUAAUUGCAAAAGUAAAGAGGCUGAAAUCAAAAGAAUAAACAAGGAGCUUGCCAAUAUCAGGUCAAAGUUCAAAGGUGACAAGACUCUAGAUGGCUACCACAAGAAGAAGUAUGUUUGUAAACUUCUCUUUAUCUUCCUUUUGGGUCAUGAUAUAGACUUUGGAUAUAUGGAGGCUGUAAAUCUUCUUAGCUCCAAUAGAUACACAGAAAAACAGAUCGGAUACCUGUUCAUUUCUGUGAUGAUUAGUGCCAAUAAUGAUCUGAUAAAGCUCGUCAUUAAGUCCAUUAAAAACGACUUGGCAAGUCCAAACCCUGUCCAUGUUAAUCUGGCCCUUCAAUGCACAGCGAACAUUGGGAGUAAGGAAAUGGCCGAGGGCCUGGGCAACGAAAUCCCCAAACUUCUGGUGACAGGUGAAACAAUUGAUUCUGUCAAACAGAGUGCAGCUCUAACUUUGCUUCGAUUACUGCGGACGUCACCAGAAUACAUUCAGAUUGGAGAGUGGUCAUCAAGAGUCAUUCACCUACUAAAUGACCAGCACCUAGGAGUAGUCACAUCAGCAGCAAGUUUAAUUGAAGCUCUGGUGAAGAAGAACCCAGAGGAAUACAAGGGAUGUGUUUCACUAGCAGUGUCCCGCCUCAGUAGGAUUGUGACAGCUUCAUACACAGACCUUCAGGAUUACACCUAUUACUUUGUACCAGCUCCUUGGUUAUCUGUCAAACUCUUAAGAUUGCUACAGAAUUAUCCUCCUCCAGAGGACCCAGCCGUGAGGACAAGGUUAACAGAGUGCUUAGAAACUAUAUUAAAUAAAGCACAGGAACCUCCCAAAUCUAAAAAGAUCCAGCAUGGUAAUGCCAAAAAUGCGGUACUUAAUGAAGCAAUUAACCUAAUUAUUCAUAUGGACAGUGAUCCUAACCUUCUAGUCAGGGCCUGUAACCAACUUGGCCAAUUUCUACAGCACAGGGAAACUAAUCUAAGAUACUUGGCCUUGGAAAGCAUGUGUUUGUUAGCAACAUCUGAGUUUUCACACGAGGCAGUGAAAAAACACCAAGAAACUGUAGUUAAUUCAUUAAAGACUGAGCGAGAUGUCAGUGUGAGACAGAGGGCAGUGGACCUUCUAUAUGCCAUGUGUGACAGAACAAAUGCAGAAGAAAUUGUAGGGGAAAUGUUGGAAUAUUUAGAAACUGCUGACUACUCAAUACGAGAGGAAAUGGUGCUGAAGGUGGCUAUUCUGGCAGAGAAGUAUGCAGUGGACUACACUUGGUACGUGGACGUCAUACUGAAUCUGAUCCGCAUCUCUGGAGAUUACGUCAGUGAAGAGGUCUGGUACCGAGUCAUACAGAUUGUGAUAAAUAGGGAUGAUGUACAAGGGUAUGCAGCGAAGACUGUGUUCGAGGCUCUGCAGGCCCCAGCUUGUCAUGAGAACAUGGUCAAAGUCGGAGGAUACAUACUAGGGGAGUUUGGCAAUCUUAUUGCAGGGGAUCCUAGAUCUAGUCCACUUGUCCAGUUCCAGCUGUUACAUUCUAAAUACCACCUGUGUGGUCCUGCAACCCGUGGAUUACUACUGUCUACAUACAUCAAGUUUGUCAACCUGUUUCCUGAGAUUAAAUCAACCAUUCAAGAUGUUUUAAAAAGUGACAAUAAUCUUCGUAAUUCAGAUGUUGAAUUACAACAGAGAAGUGUGGAAUAUCUACAGUUAAGCACAGUUGCCUCAACUGAUGUUUUGGCAACAGUUUUGGAAGAAAUGCCACCAUUCCCAGAGAGAGAAUCAUCAAUUUUGGCCAAAUUGAAAAAGAAGAAACCCACAGUGACAGAACAAACAGAGAACAAGGAGCCAAAACAACCAAUGCCCCAGGCACAGAUGAGCAACAGUGUCAACACCCAUGCCACCCCCACACCUCCUCCCCUGUCUACAGUGUCCAAUCCCAGUACGGCCUCGGAUGACCUGCUUGGUCUGAAUUCCCCUGCCCCCACACAGACGGGUCCCUCAGCAGGAAGUUUCCUGGUUGAUGUUUUUGACACAGUGGGUUCAGGUCCAUCUACCAAUGGAGUGGAUGAGAACGGUCUGACAGUUGGGGCUGAAGACAGCUUUAAAAAAUUUAUUUGUAAAAAUAAUGGAGUAUUAUUUGAAAAUGACCUUCUACAAAUUGGAGUGAAGUCUGAAUACCGACAGAACCUUGGGAGACUGGGGAUAUUCUACGGCAACAAAACCUCAUUUCAGUUCAGUGGAUUUAGUGUAGACACACAAUGUCCAGGAGAGCUUGGUUCUCAGAUCACAUGUACACAAAAGCCUGUAGAUACCACGAUAGAUAGUGGAGCUCAGGUCCAACAGGUUAUCAAUAUUGAAUGUAUUACCGAGUUUGCAGAGGCUCCUGUUCUGGCUAUCUCCUUCACGUGUAAUGGUAAUUCUCAGAAAUUGAAACUAAAGCUUCCAGUAAUGUGUAGCAAAUUUUCGGAGCCCGUUGAAAUGGAUUCUGCCACAUUUUUCUCCAGAUGGAAGGCCCUUUCACAGCCUAAUCAAGAAUGUCAGAAAGUGUUUAAAGCCAAAUUUCCAAUAGACUCUGAACAGAACAAGACUAAAAUCUUGGGAUUUGGAGUGAGUGUCUUGGAAGGAAUCGACCCUAACCCAGAAAACUAUGUAGCUGCUGGAAUUAUUCACACCAGAUCAGCCCAGAUUGGCUGUCUCAUUCGACUAGAACCAAAUAAAGCUGCCCAGAUGUACAGGUUAACAAUACGUGCUAGCAAACCCCCUGUACCAAAUAUCCUAGCAGAUUUAUUGGAACAUCAAUUUUAGUGCAUACCCAAGAGAGCAGACCAUGUGAUAGACAGAAGACUGUGUAAAGGGAGAUAAUCUGUACAGGCAAAUGAGAGAGAAAGAAGACCGAAAUCAUUAGGCUGUUGUAAUUAGCUUGUGUCUUGUGUUUGAUACUGUGCUAGAGUAGAGGUAAUGUAGAAAAUAAUGAUGGUCUUCUUUCUAGUGAUGUGUUAAGUUGUGUAAAAGUUUGUGAGUAUGAUCAGGAAAAGUAUCAUGGGUUGUGUGUUUUAACUUUUAAAUUCCUAAAUUAAUACUUUAAAAGCAUUAAAUGUCAGCUUUAGGGAAAAAUAAUUUGCGAAUGUACAUGUAAAUGUCUUAUGUUUGUAAUAUAUAUUUUUUUGGUCUCUACAUGUUCCCCUAGACUCUCAACAUAGGUUUUAUUUCUCAAAAUGCAUUACAUAUUGCUUUUUGUUGAUUGUUUUGGGCAUUGAAUCAUAGAAUGUGAUAAAAUGCCAUGUGCAUACCACACUAAAUGGUGAUCACUUUCAUAAUAUAGCAUAGACUAUUUGAGGAGGGGAGGGGGUACUCAUGGAAUAUGCAGCAAAGUAUAAAAGGUGGAUACAGGUUAAAUGAAGUGCUUCAGUUUUUAUAUAUAUAUGUAACUGUUGCCAUUAUCACAUUGUCCAAGGUAUUAUACAUUCCAUUUAACAUGCAGAUAUUUACCUAAAUUAUUAAGGAAACCUCUUUUUAGCAGAUACUUGUGUGAAGAGUGUAUGCAUGUUUAAAACACUGAUGGUGCAUUCUGCCAUGAUGAGCUACAGUUGUAUGUGUAUGAGUUCUAGUUUAGUUCAGUUUGUCAAAGGUUUAUGAAUAUUCAAGAGUUUUCAGUAUAUAAGAAGUUGAGUUUCA